AUGGAGAACCUAACAACUAGUGGCAAUCCUAUGGAUGAUGUCGGCGCCAGAAAUGAUCCUCCGGUAGAGGGAACUGCUGAGCAUGGUGAUAACCAAAAUGGAAAGUUUGGAGCUCUACAAAAUAAGUGCAAUCAUGACAAUCAUGGCAACGGUCAAACUAACCCUAAUUUCGGGCCUUGGAUGAUGGUUAAAAGAUACACAAAUAAAAAGAAGAUCCAAAUACGACAGAAAGAAUCUCAUGGCAAUCAGAAGCAGGUUACUAAAUAUAACUCUGAAAAGGACGAGUCUCCAAAAAGGAAAGAUUCUGAUGGAUCUCGAUUUACGAUCUUGCAUGAGGAAAGUUCGGAGGACGUUCAGAAAAGUAUGGAAGAUGUAGAGAAGGUCCAAAAGGGUGCUGGCAGUAAAGCCUUCCCGUCAAUUAUCCGAGACCUGCGACAGGAGUAUGAGGCAAACUUCUUCUUUUUGUUAGAAACUCAUGUAAGUGGAACACGAGGCAAACAGAUUCGGGACAAGAUGGGUUUUGAUAAAUCCUUUGUUGUGGAUGCUAUGGCGUGGAUUACCCACCCGGAUUUUGGAAAGUUUGUUGAUGCCUCAUGGAAUGUCAAGAACUCUUGGGAUGAGGGUAUUUCAAAUUUCAAGAAUAAAAUCAAGGAGUGGAAUAGCUCGGACCCGAGCAAGAUCAGAGAGGUUAAUGAGACAUUAAUCACUCUCAUCCCCAAAGUGGAACCUGUCUCGCAUUUAAGACAGCUAAGGCCCAUCAAUCUCUGUAAUGUUUCCUAUAAGGUGGUUACUAAGAUUCUCGUGAACCGGUUGAAAAAAGUGAUGGACAAAUUAGUUAUGCCUAAUCAGUGCAGUUUUGUCCCCAGUAGGCACAGCUCCGAUAACAUCAUCAUCACUCAAGAGGUCAUCCACUCUAUGAGACAGAAAAACGGAAAGAAAGGCUGGAUGGCUAUAAAGAUUGACUUGGAAAAGGCGUAUGAUAGGUUAAAGGAGUGCUUUAUCAAGGAGACCCUUGCAGAUAUUGGGCUUCCCCAGAAUUUUGUUAAUCUUAUCCUCUCUUGUAUCUUGACCGCCAGGAUGAGGGUUCUUUGGAAUGGGGAGGAACUGGAAGAAUUUACACCUUCCAGAGCAGUGGAUCAUGGCUUUUGGAAACCGAUUCGACUCAAGAAGGAUGGUCCCCCUAUUUCCCACCUGUGCUUUGCAGAUGACAUUAUUUUGUUUGCAGAGGCCAAUCUUGAACAAGCAAAUGUCAUUAAUAAAUGUCUCGAGGCUUUCUGUGAUAGCUCGGGUCAGAGCGUCAGCAAAGAGAAAACCAGGGUCAUCUUCUCAAAGAAUGUGGGCCACACAGUGCGAGCAGAAUUGAGUAAUAUUUUGCAGUUUUCCAGAACUGAUGACUUAGGCAAAUACUUAGGCAUUCCGAUUCUCCACUCUAGAGUAUCCAAACAUGCCUUUGAGGGCAUUAUCAACAAGCUUCAUGCCAGGCUUAAUUCUUGGAAAGCUUCAUCCUUGUCUCUUGCGGGAAGAGUGACUCUGGUGAAAUAUGUCCUCUCAUCUAUGCCUUUAUAUAAUAUGCAAUAUGCUGUUUUAUCUUCCACUACUUGUAAUACUAUUGACUGUAUCUGCAGGAAUUUUCUCUGGGGGAACACAGAACAAACCAAGAAAAUACAUCUUCUUAGUUGGAAGAGAGUCUGUGAACCUAAAAGCUGUGGGGGUCUGGGUAUUAGACAUGCAAGCCAAAUGAAUCAAGCUUUUAUGAUGAAGGCGGGAUGGGGACUUAUUGAAAGAAAAGAGGCUCUUUGGGCUAGAAUACUCAGAUCAAAAUAUGGUAGCGGCACGAAUAUCAUGCCCAAGGUGGAAAGGAGGCGGAAUAGCUCAAAUCUUUGGAAGGGUAUCUGCUCUGUCUGGGAAAAUGUCCAACAAAACUGUAUUUGGAGAGUUGGGGAUGGUUUCCAAAUUCGCUUCUGGGAGCACUGCUGGAUCCCGAGUGUAGGUAGUUUAAGUGCAACUACAAACCAGUGGAAUGUUAGGAAGCUUCAGGAGAUGUUGCCGGAGGAUAUUGUCAAGAGGAUCGUAGGUAUCUCCCCGCCGUCCCCGUGGAAGGAAGCUGACUAUAUAGCUUGGAGAUCUUCCUCAAACGGCCAAUUUAGUAUCAAGUCAGCGUAUCAGAACCUUAUGGAAACCCAAGGUCCUGAGCGUGUGAGAACCUUUCUUUGGCUGGUGGCACACAACACUAUCCUCACCAACUUGGAAAGAAGACGUAGACACUUAACCACGGAUGGCGCUUGCCCUCGAUGCUGGCAUCAUGAAGAGUUAGUCAUCCAUGUCCUUCGGGACUGUUUCUAUGCUAGAAGCAUUUGGCAAAGGCUUAUCCCACCUAAUGGCAUCAACUCCUUCUUCAACACUAGCCUCAACAAUUGGUUAUCUCUAAACCUUACCUCAAAUAACAAUUGGUCUUGCCUUUUUGGAGUUGCUGCAUCAUCCCUAUGGUUCUUCCGGAAUAAACUUGUUUUCAAUGGAGAGACUGUUGCUGCUACUACGGUUGGCUACCAAAUUCGAGCGCGGGCCGAGGAAUUUUUGAAGGUGGUUAAGAGCAAUCUAAAUCCGAGAAAUACUCGAGCUGCUAGCAGGUGUCUUGUUGGCUGGUCGCGACCGGAUGGAGAUUGUGUUAAGUUGAAUGUUGAAGGUUCCUGGUAUGCUCAGAGAAGUAAUGCCGCUUGUGGGGAGUGUUCAGGGACUCGGCUGGGAGAUUCUUAA